AUGCACCGUAUUGGAGAGAGAACGCUCAGCCCCGGUCACCUAAUUACAAUUGAGUCCAACUUUUGUGUAGCAAUGGAGUCGUAAUAGCAGAUCCCCGAAGCCGUACAGGGCCAAAGAAAGGAGAGUUAUAUCUGGAUUUCAUCUCACAAACAUUUACCAACAACAAGUGUGGAAUGAAAUACGAUAUUUCAGAUGCGAUGGAGGUAAAAUGGACUUGGAAUGGGAAUUCAUUUCGGUAGGAAAUAUCGACUUUUGUCCUUCCUGUCAGCGCUGUUUUCGCUCCGACACUCUGAAUGUGUGUGCAUUUUGUGUGUGGACGGACUGCGCUGAGCUGUGUGGAGGUGACUUUGCGGUUGAUAAGCCCAUCAGCUGUUUCUGACGAAUGAAAAACAUGGCGAAAGAAAAGCUAAAUGUAAAUCAGUGCUGCUCAGAGACGGGUCACCUCCCGUCUCGGUUUUACUCCAAGAAAAGUGAAGAAAACAUGGAUUUGAUUUUCACUCUGGCAGAAAAUGUGAGAUGUAUGCAGCGAGGAAGAGAGGAUAACUCUCUUUCGAGGGAAAGGAACGGACCCAGCCGAUCAACAGAAAUGUGGAAAAGUGGUCGGUUACGGGAUGGCAGCUUGUCAAGAAAUAAAGAACUGCAAAGGGACUUGAAAGAAAGCAAUUUGCCAGGAUGUAUCAAGAGGAAUAUGUCACAGACAGUCCACCAAUUAUUUCCAUCCAUGUCGCAUUGGAAGACAUUUUUAUUUGCUGUUUUAUUGUGUGUGUUUUUGAAGAGCCAGAUGUGUUCUGCAAAGUGUUAUGGACUUGGCCCGACUGGUCGUGCCAUAUUGACUGACCUGCAGGGGUUUAUUUCGGACCAUCCAAAUGAGAGUUAUCCCAUUUCAACGGAGUGUGAGUGGUUAAUUCAAGCACCAAACUCAGAUAUGAAGAUCAUGUUGACAUUCUCCAAAUUUGCCACGGAAUGUGGCUAUGACUUUGUCAGCGUUUAUGACGGUAACUCUCACCAAAGUCCGAUGAUUGCUGCCCUCAGCGGUGACUCUAUUCCGUCCACAUUGAUGGCUGAAUCUGGCCAGAUGCUGAUAUAUAUGUACAGUGAUCGUAACUAUAAUCUACUGGGAUUCGAUGCGACGUAUACCAUCGAAGACUGCCCCCAUGGAUGUUCAGGCCAUGGGACCUGUGUUGACUAUUCCUGUGUGUGUUAUUCUGGUUACCAUGGAGACAGCUGUGAGAGACUCAAUUGCCCGUACGAGUGCGGCUCAGAAUGGAACCAAGGAAGUUGCCAACAAUCGGGUAUACAGCAGUGUGCCUGCUCACCAGGCUUUGUAGGGGAGGGGUGCAGCCUUUCAACAGACAGCAACUUAGGGUGGGGUCAGACCUUCCUCAUCUCUCGUGGUGACAGUGGAGGACUAAGCAAGAGGGCGGGGCAUGCAUCCGUUUAUCAUGAGGACACCGAUAGCCUCUGGACUUUUGGAGGUUUUGAUCUGAAUAAUCAAUUAGAUGAUCUCAUUCAGUACAGCUUUGAGACGGACGAGUGGACUCAGAUCACGCCCAAUGGAAGUGUCAAACCGAGUGGUCGGUAUCGGCAUACCAUGGAGCUGUAUGAGAACCACCUUCUAGUCUUUGGAGGAAUCCUAACCAACGGAUCCUGGUCCAAUGAGCUUUGGUCCUUUGAUCUAGCUACCCUCAGUUGGGAGCUACUGCCGUCUGGAACUGAUUCGGUCCCUCCGGGCUUGGCGCAUCAUUCCUCCUGUAUAGUGGAAUACUCUUAUCUAGUUGUCAUAGGAGGUGCCAGUGAAGACGGGACCUUCUUAGGAACAAUCUACAAGUAUGAUCUUCAGUUGCUUCAGGGAUGGGAAGAGAUCACUCCUCGUGGUGGGCUUGAAAGAGAAGUCAGACUACGAGAUCACUCAAGUGUAUAUCACUAUGAUACCAAGUCUAUUAUCGUCUUUGGUGGACUAAAAUCACCUCAAACGCACAAUACACUAGUGAGUAGUAGGAUCAACACUGUGUAUGCCUUUCAGUUUGAGGAUCGCUACUGGACCAAGCUGGCCUCGUCUGGCAGUGUAAGAGCUCGGUCUUACCACACAGCAAACAUCAUAGGCAAUUACAUGGUGGUAUACGGAGGAAACGUCCAUCACCAUCUCUCAAACACCGGUGGUUUCGUGGUGGUAGAGGAUUAUGGCGAUCAUGAGAAAUGCUUUGAAGAUGGGAUAGAACUGUAUCACCUGGGAUGUCAUAAAUGGAUAUCAUUCAGUGAGAUGGCCGGAGACUUUCAAGAACCUGGACCAUACAAUCCUCACACUGUCACAAAGGGACGAUUUGCCCAUAGUGCAGUUGUACGAGACCAAACAACACUCGUCGUCAUCGGUGGAUUCAACGGAGUCACUCAGAGCGAUGUCUUCGCCGUCAAGAUGCCGGGCACCGUCUCUAUCAACCCCGCAACAGCAAACCAAAGUUUGAAUCCAUGUGACUCUCAUAAAAGUGAGAAUAAUUGCACCCUUGAUCCAGCGUGUGGUUGGUGUCCUCAGUCUAGCACCUGUCUUGGCUUCUCUGAUAGUCAGUCUUGUUCAGGCACACUGCUUCAACCCGAGUGCCCUGGCAUAUGCAGUGCUUUGAUCACAUGUGAGGCUUGUAUGCUGUGGGGUCAGGGAGCCCAGACAGCGACCUUUGACCCCGAGGUCACCCAUGUCAACGAGCAGUGUGGCUGGUGUGUGCAGGAUCGCGCCUGUUACUCUCUAUCGGCUCCAUCCGGUACGUGUGAUCCAUCUGCCGGUGAUUCUGGGGCAUGGUGGGGCCCUUCAUCAACCUUCAUUGCAAGCUUUGACCAGUGUAAGACCGCUGACUUUCCUCCUGGUAUAACCAUGAUGAGAUACACCCAUCCGCAGAACUUAUCUUAUCCAGAUCAGGUGUCCAUAAUAACAACUACCCAACAGACAGUCAGCUACUACCCUGUCUUACAGUCCUCAGAGGUGAGUGCUGGUGGGUACUACACAGUGGUCUUCAAGGGAUUCCUCUACCCUCAGGGUGCAACGUCACCAUCGGUCUGGAUCAAGGCCACCAGGGCCGAGGCUACUCUGACCAUGAGCACGGAUGAAAACCCUUCGAAUGCAGUGAAGGUAGCUGAAAGAGCUCUUAGCAGUACAAACGAGUCACCCAUCCUGGCCAAGCGUACUCCUACCACCGAUCCUAUCUUCCCCGACACCAGCCCCGGGACCAAGUACUAUACUAUGAUGGAGGAGAGAAAACAGAUCACUUCAAACAUGCAAUACUCCAGCUCUGCGAUGGAACUUCACUGGAAUGGUUACGUUCCUAGUGGUCUCACCCACCAUAGCUUCACCUCAGACUACCUCCAGCCAUACAAAUCCGACUCCUGCACCAAUUACUCCACCUGCCGAGGGUGUCUGACCGAUGCUGCCUGUGGCUGGUGUCCUGUGAGCGAUACGUGUGAGCUCCGGGAUGGACCAACCCUUUCCAUGGACCGCUGCGGGACUUCCUCAAGACCCAUCGAGCACUAUCUGGUCUUGGAUGUGGAUAAUUGUGGGAACUGCAGCCAGCAUUGGAGCUGUGACCUGUGCACUUCGGAUCCGUUGUGUGAGUGGAUGAAUGCUGAUGUAUCCUGUACCAGGCGAGGGCGCUUUGACCACGCGUUGAAGGAUCCAGGAGAGUGUCCUCCAAAGUGCCAGGAGAUCACCGACUGCAAGAGUUGUAUUGAUAUCAAGAACUGCGCAUGGUGUGCCGACACGAUGACCUGUUUACACUUUCCAACGUACAUCUCUUCCUUUAUCCAUGGGGAGUGUUCACACUGGUUUGAUCAGGAAGACUCUUACUGUCCAUCUUGUUCUGCUCAUCAGAAUUGUGCUGACUGUCUGGAUACCUUCCAGUGUGGUUGGUGUGGAAAUACAAACGAUCCAGACAUUGGAGUUUGUCAGUCUGGGGAUUUUAACGGCCCCUACUCCACUAUGAACUGCUCAGCCUCUGUGUCUGAAGCCCACGAGACCUCCAUUCAAUCGCCAGCUGACUGGUCGUACGAACAAUGUCCCGAUGUUGACGAAUGUCGACUGGACCGACAUGAUUGCCAUGCUAAUGCUACCUGUAUCAAUACGUAUGAGGGAUUCGAUUGCAGAUGUAAUUAUGGAUUCAAAGGGGAUGGAAGGAUCUCAUGUAAUAGCACAUGCUUCCAUACAUGUGAGUUUGGCUACUGCAGUGGUUCACCAGACUUUGAGUGUAUCUGUGACCUUGGCUGGACUGGGGUCAGCUGCAACGUAAGCUGCGGAUGCAACAAUCACAGCACCUGUGUCAAUGGGGUGGGACUGUGCGACCAAUGUCAAGAAUGGUCUACCGGCUCCCACUGCCAGUAUUGUUUACCAGGUAGCUAUGGCGAUGCUACUUCACCCACUGGCUGCGUGGAGUGUGAUUGCCAUGGUCAUGGGAAUGCUUCUUUGGGAAACUGCGAUGGAACGACAGGUGUCUGCUACUGUACUGGUAACACACUGGGAGACCACUGUGAGACGUGUGAAGAAGGCUUCUUCGGGGAACCACAGAAUGGAGGGAAAUGCUACCAGAAGUGCAAUGGGCGAUCCAUAAUGACCAACGUUCAUUCUUCAAGACUAGGUUCUUUUGAGGGUCUUGGUGUGCAGGAUCCCAACCAUGGAUACUGUCUGUGGGUCCUGACUACCUUCGACAGUCUGGUCCAAGCUUCUGGAGCACUCAGCUCUCCUGGAGCCAUAACACUUACAGUAGACACCCUGGAUGUAGAGUGUGGGAGAGAUUACGUUCAUGUCUACGAUGGCAUCCCUCAACAUCUGUGGGAAAACUUUGGUGUAUCUAUGGAAAGUCAAGAGAUUGGGGCUUACUGUGGUCACUCGUCCAGCUCAGACAUCAAAACAACUGCAUAUUCAGGUGUAAUGACAAUUGCCUUCCAAGCCAACGUCAGUGCGACAUCGCCGACGCAGGGCUUCACCGCGGUCUACGACGUCCGCACCUGCCAGGAGGAUUGCGACGGUAACUGGCACUGUGCCAACGAAGACGAGGAUGAAGUGGAGGACGAUCAGGUGUGCGAAUGCAGGGCGGGGUUUACCGGCGAUGACUGCGAGGAGGAGAUAUGCCCUGACGACUGUGGGUUGCUUGAGGGGCGUGGCAUGUGUAAUGAUCAUCUACUCCUUUGCAUAUGCAACGAGGGCUACAGCGGUGCUGCGUGUGAUAUCGUUACAACGCCCUCAAAGUCUGAUUCGAAAGCAGUGUGGUCUCUUCUCUACGACGCCAAUCGGCUGAGCUCUAACUCUAACGUUGGUCCGACCAGUCGUAUGGGUCACACCAUGGUUGCGGACGGGGAUGGCAAGUUCUGGCUGUUUGGAGGUUACUCCCAGGAUAAUCAACGCUUGAAUGAUGUCUGGAGCUACGACCCAUCAUCAUCCCAGUGGACGCACCAUUCAACAGCAAACGCUCUGGCGCCCUCUGCCCGUAACUACCAUGCAGCUACGUACGUAGCCCCUGAUAAGAUGAUCGUCAGUGGAGGGCUGUCUGAUAGCGAGGUCAUGAGUGACUGGUGGAUGUUUUCACUGACACAACACACAUGGUCUGAUAUAGUGAACCCCAUAGAUGACCUAGAGAUAGCAGGGCAUACAAUGACCAUGGUUGACGAUAGAACCCUUAUCGUCAUCGGAGGCUACUCACCAUCGAUGGGCCUGAUGUCAGAAAUCAUUCACUUUGACACAAAUACACUGACUGGUCAUUUCAAGUCAUCUCAGGGAACUCCACCAACAGGUAUAUUUGGUCAUUCUGCCGUGUGGCAUAACGAGACAAAUACCAUCUAUGUGUUUGGGGGUUACCGGUUCCACCUACAAGCCCUUGCAAUCUCUGACAAGCUCUAUGCCUAUCACGCCCCAUCGGCUGGCUGGAGUAUACUGGCUUCAGAAGGAUAUAAGCCGGAAGCACGGAUGUACCACUCGGCAGUGACCUUCUCUAACUACAUGCUUGUGUUGGGAGGCUUUGCGGAGGGAGAGGAACUCAACGAUAACGUACUGGUCUACCACUACUCCUGCAAUAAGUGGCAAUCUUUAGAUGGACAAGGUUGGUCCACUGGAGCCCAACCCAGGGCUCUCCACAGCCACGCAGCCACCACCAAAGACGACACCGUCUACCUCUUCGGGGGCUACGAUGGCUCCACCUACGGAUCCAUGAACACAGCCGACAUGCCCUCGGAUCUCUGUAACCUGCAUACCACCAGUGAGGGAUGUUUAGCUUCGCCGGGAUGCUCGGCGUGCGUGAUGAGUAAUUCCACGUUGGUAGCUUGCUUCUCGUAUGAUGAUGACUCAUCCACUAGCUGUGAGUCUCCGAACCAGUUGUUGAAUGGUACAUCAUGCAACGAUGCAUUGAUUGAAGGGAGGAACUGUAGUAAGCUAACCAUCUGCAGUGAGUGUAUUACGGUCUAUCCAUCACAUCUAUCAGCACAACAGACCUGUAAGUGGUGUUACAACUGCCCCGAUGGUGCCUGCAUCCCGUCUGGUGCUAACUGCAUGGAGGAACACAACUGCCAGGUGGAGACCCAGAAGGAGGUCCGUGAUAGAAGUCAGUGUUCUGAGACUGACUGUGAAGCAAGUGAUUGCACCAAGUGUACCACAGGAAACAGCCCGUGUGUUUGGACCAGGCAGUUUAAACGUUCAAGUGAGACAAGGCGCCUCCUGAACUACCGUCCCAUCUACGACUGGAAUUGCUUCAGUAACCACCUACUCCAGGUGGCACCCCCCCACUACAACAUCUCUGCGAUCCCUCCCCUAUCCUGCCCCACCCCAUGCCAUCGGCAUACAACCUGUGGGGAGUGUCUGACUUCGCAGGGGGCCGAUGGGGGCUGGCAGGAGUGCAUGUGGAGCCCUUGGCUUAACCAGUGCAUGUCGCCAACAUUCCUCCACCUACGCUGCGCCGUGGGCGAGUGCGGACCCGUAGCCCAGGGUGCGUCGGACAACUGCCCCACUCAGUGUUUUGCCAACACCCAGUGUUCCCAUUGCCUCCACCAGGCGUGGUGCGGGUGGUGCCCGGUCCCUGGUUUCAAUGGGACCGGUAUCUGCCUGUCUGGUGGUCUGUUGGGUCCUAUCGACGGUGUAUGCUCUAGUCAGGAGAUUAGUUCCAUCCAUGGUCCUCUACCUGCUGCUGUAGCGAAUGCCACCAUAGGAGGCAUUUCUGGAAACCCACAAUGGAAGUACCUUACAUGUCCACCAGAGGAUGAAUGCACUAACGGCAAUCAUGACUGCGGGGAGAACGAGGACUGUACUGAUACGUACACAUCGUUUGAAUGCAACUGUAAGGCAGGAUAUGAGAGAGAAAGUGAUGACAGUCCCUGCAAGCCAGUUUGCACCCAGAUGUGCGGUGAUCAUGGAGUAUGCAUUGCCCCUGAGCAGUGUGAAUGCUUCUUUGGUUACGUGGGGCACAACUGCAGCACCGAGUGUCUGUGUAAUGGUCACAGUAAUUGCCUCAGUGAGAGAGAUAGGCACGUCUGUUUGGAGUGUCGUAAUAACACAAAGGGUGAUCAUUGUGAGCAUUGCCUGCCGCUGUUUGUCGGUGAUCCAGUAGACGGUGGUUCUUGCACACCAUGCAUAGAACAUUGCAAUGGAAACACCAACCAAUGUCUGUCGGUGCAGCAGUAUGAGGACUUUCGUAGCACCUACCCAACAAGACCCAUACACAAUAUCUCAGAGCUGUUUGACAGUGGUCCACUAACGGACGAUGUCUUCUGCAUUGGCUGUAGUAACCACAGCGAGGGCGACCGCUGUGAGACCUGUAUAGAUGGUUACUUCAAACUUGACGAACACUGCCAGAGGUGUGACUGCAAUGGCCAUGGAGAUACAUGUGAUAAGGUCGAUGGAGAAUGCAAUGUCUGCCAGAAUAACACCAUGUCACCUUCAUGUCCUUCUGAUAAAUACCCUGAACCAUGCUGGGAGCACCAGUGUUCCCAAUGCCUGAAUGAUCUGUUCAAAGGCACACCUACCGACAGUCACCAGUGUUACAGACAGAUGCACGUUGAUAAUGAUAUAUGCUUCAAUCCAGAAAGCCAAAAUGAUUGUCCAAUCAACCCUGUACCUCUUCCCGAUGGUGCCUCAUCUUUCUUUGUCAUCAUGCCCAAGUAUUCAGACCUUGAUAUCAGGUUAACGGUUGAUAUCACCUACGGCGCCCUCGAUGUCUACCUCACCUACGACUCGGAUGUCUUCAUAGUAGAGUAUGAUGAGGAAACCCAGGAGCAGAUGAUACGUAUUGAUGAGAACUAUAUCAGCGCAGCUAUGCAACGAAAGAGGAGGUCCAUUAAACAGAUCCUAGCUCCAAACAGGGAGCGGCGAUCAUCCAACUCAUCAAUCUCGACUACGGUAGACCCCGACCAGAGCGAACUGACUGAAAUCGAGUCCCACGGCUUGAACACAUUCAUCAGCAUCGAGGACGAGCACUUCAUCACGCUCGUCCAAAACCUCCAGAACAGGCUCGUCAUCACGUUCCCGAAGCGCUACCACACCUUGACCUCGCGCCGCUUCUACAUCGCCCUGAUGGGGCGGGGCGUGGAGGACCAAAACGCGACGCAGGGCAUCAUGUAUUUCCGUCAGGACCAACCGCACAUCGACCUCUUCAUCUUCUUCUCCGUCUUCCUCUCCUGUUUCUUCCUCUUCUUGGCGUUCCUGAUCGGCAUCUGGAAAGUCAAGGUUGGUGUGGAGGCGCGCCAACACAGACGCAUGCAUCUCCUGGAGAUGGAACACCGGGCCAGUCGACCGUUCGGUCAGGUCCUACUCUACUACGAGAGCCCUAGCAUCCAAACACAUCCUGCAUCAAGUGGGACGACUAAGAGUCAGUCGUUACCCAAGAAGCAUCAUAGACUUGGUAGGAGAGGCAAGACUGAUACUGUAGGAGGGGGAGCAGCAACUAAUAGGGACACAGAGGAAACGGCUCUCAACUCGGAUAUUAUUAAUGAGAGAUUUAUACCAGGCCUUAUAGCUUCCGAACCAACAGACGACGGCAUGGCAACCGUGGGCACCGUCGUGUUUGCUCUACCUGGCCAAAUGAGGGCGCCAGUCAGAGCGUGUCUCGGGUCGGCCCUGGUCACGCUGAAAACCGUCGCGAAGCAGACGCAAGACUCGCAAAACACCACGCGGCAACAGAGGCAAGGAAAGAACAUGAAAUCAGCUAUUUUGUGUAACACAAAUAACAGAAGAUAGUAUACUAGAAUUCUCUAUUUUGUAUAUUAUAUGUAAAAAUCUUAUAGAAUUUUGAAGAUACUAAUACAUUGUUGAGUCAUGCACAGGCCCAAGGAUGAGGAUAAUGUUCAUAUAUAUCUCAUGUUUGCAAUAAUGCAAAUAGAUUUGUGUAGUAGACAGUGUACUGGAAUGAUUGUUGCUGAUGGUCCCUAAGUGAGCUCAUCUGCCAGGGCCGUGUUACAUAAAGCUCAACAAUUGAUCAUGGGAUUGAUUUUUAUGAUUGAUCAUACAUUGUAACCAAUGCAACUAAUCGCAGAAAUCAGCACUGCGAUCGAUUGUAAGCAUUUUGUUCCUGGACCAAGGGGAGCAUGUCAUGGAAAGUUUUUGUGAGUGACCAUCUCUAAUGGAUGUUAUAAGCUACUGAAAUCCUUGCAUCUGAUUGGCUCAGACCAAAUUAAUCACUAAAAAUCUCUAAAAUCACUGACUAGAUUAUUCAUGAAAUGCUCCCCAUGUCUAGAGUUUUUAAACCCUCCGGAAAGACACGCUAUUCAAUACUCGAGUAAAACAAGAAAAAAUUAAUUAUAAUGUACUUAUAUCUACUUUUGAAUCAAUUACUUAGAGUUGUAAUAAAGGGGUAAUUCUAUAAAAAUGAUCGACCCCUUUGUAUUCCCCACACCUACAUGUAUAUUCACUUUAUUUCACUGCUGAUUUGCUCAAAUCAUGAUGAUUUUAUAGCAUUGCAACUUUCUGUCGAUACUUACGUAUAACUCGGUCACAUUUGCUCUGCGGCAUUGAAAACAGCCGUUAUAUUAAUAUUAAUUCAAACUAACUACAUGUAACUGAUAAAAAAAUGUUAAAACGGUCGUUUUCAACUUGCCCUACAGCCGCUGUAGAGCAUAUGUGACCCAGGUAUUAUGGACGAUAUUGAACGAGGCCAUUAAGACUCUGUAUUCAGCUCCAAAUUUCUUAUUUUUCUUUGAUAUUUCAUGAAACUGUGAAGUUACUUACAUGGAGUAUAAAAUGACUUUUUUUAAUACUAUGGUACAUGUAAUUGAAGUUGAAAUAAGUUCAUGUUAUAUGAAACAUAUUAACACUUGUCUUUUUGCGGCAAAGAAUAUUGUAGCCAUGAUUUGAAUAAGAUUAUUAUAAACACUGCUGAACCUUAUUUCUGAACAAAGACAACCAAAAGUAUUACACGUACAUUGACACUCCGUAUUCCAUUGUUCAUAAAGUCAUUUGUAACUUUACGAACAGUUUUAUGAAAUACCCCCAGGCUCGUAUUUUGAAAUCGGGUUUAACUUAAACUCAGGUUUAAAGUUGUGCUUUAAGUAUGGAUAGCCAAUUGUUACAUCAAUCACUAACAGUAGAGAGGUGAUAUUUCACCUCAUCUUGCUCUCAAAUCAUUCAUAAAUGUGUAGAAAAAUAGAUUGUCUGCACCAUUGAUGAAUCAGGAAAGAGCAGAGUAAACAUAAGAAACAUCGAACAAAUUUUGACACUUUUGGCUUCCCAUAAUUUUAGCACAGAGUUAGACCAUGGUCUAAGUUAAACCUGGCAUCAGAAUACGUGCCCCAGAAUUAUAUAACCAUGUUGACCGUUAAUUACUACAUGUAUAUCAUUCAGGGUAGCUUUUCAUGAAUCAUCUUGUCAGUGAUUUUCACUGACAAAUUUCCUCUCAGCCAAUCAGAUGCAAGGAUUUCAGUAGCUUAUAACAGUUGUCAGUGGUUAUCAGUGUCUCAUGCAAUGUUGUUCACUUGGGUGUGACUUAACACAGAUUUAGUCAUGUACAGUGAGUAUUUUUGUAUUCAUAGCACAGAUAUGUACAGAGAGAUCAAAUCAUAGACAUUGCUUGAUUUAUCUUCGUAUUGAUACAUUGUAAAAUGCAUUUAUUGAAACCGAUCCUAUUGGCUGAAUAUUUAGAAUUUAUGGAAUUAAGUAAUGGUAUUAUUGUCUGCACUGUGGGUAUGACAUUAAAGUAUUCAUUUAUUAGUUGAUAAGGCACUGAAUGUUUACUUUUUUUUCAAAACCUCAUUUGUUUCUCUAUGUUGACAAAAUAUAGGAUUUUAGAUCGCAAAUUACAAGUUUAAAUAAACCAAAUUCAGUAAGGUGAUACCUGGGUUUUCAAGGUUUCUCUGAACUCAAUAGACCUUGUUCAUAAGACGUAAUCUCAUAGCGCCCUCCUUCAGAGGAUAUAGGAAUGCAUGUAAACAAGAGUUGUCGGAGAUGCGCCAGCUGCAGAUCACCAUUGCAUGCAAUGUAAUGGGAUCAGCCUCCAAGGUGGCAGCACAAUGGCAUAUUUUUUUGGACUGGAAAAUAUGAAUACAACAGAAGCAUAUAAUCUUGCAUGCAGGUAUUUCAUAACUUUUUGCUCUGUUACACUUCGCUUUAUAGCGAUGUUUUGCAGAACAAAUCUUUACUACCGCAAAAAUUUAGCUUACACAUUAGGGUUAGGGUUGGUAUGAAGUGAAAGUAGUGAACUUCAAUUUCAGUGUUAUCGAGAAAAUCACUGACUUUUUAAACUGGUGUUCACAAACUCGUUUAUUCUUUGAUAUUGACAAUCGUGUCUGAAUGAUCAAUCCAGCAUAUGUAAAACAAUGAUUGCGAGAAAAGCUAUAGAUAUUUUUUAUUCAAGUGUACAAUUUUAUUUUAUGACAGGUGUAGUGCCAGCAAUGGAACUCUUGUAUAUUUUAUGUGCAUAUUAUAUUUUAUACGAACUACUGCAGAAUAUUAUCGUCACCACCUCUCGUAUACACUGAAACUGUAAAUAUGUAAGAUAUGAACUGAAUUCCAGAGCAAAGUGGUAUCGAGAUUCCAGAUAUUGAUUUGCACUUUAUUGCGACGUGUGCUGUAAUUGUAUGAAGGGUGAAUAGGAUGGUUGUAUCGGAUGAUUAAUUGCAUGUAUAGCUAUAUAAUGCUAGUUAUGAACUAGUCUAGUGGUUGUUAUGAUGAUGUAGAAGUCUAAAAACGUCAAUGAAUACUUGAUGGCUGAUACACGCGUUAGGCAAUGUUCUUAUUUUUGUUAUAUGCGUUCAUUUAACCACAAGGUCCGGGGUUCAAAUCCCACCGCAGCACUCGCGUCCUUUGGCGAGGCGUUUAUCUACAUUUGCCACUCUCCACCCAGGUGUAGUAAAUGGGUACCCUGUAGGAAGGAAAUCCUUGAAUGCCCGAGGAUCCGAUCAGGAUAGCUUUGCUAAAGCCAGGGUAAUUGUAUGCAGCACUGAGAGACAUUUGUUUUAAGCGCUAUAUGAAUGUCGCAUAUAUUAUUAAUGCUAUCUUGGAAAGUCGUUGUAUUUCAUGCCCAUUAUAUCCUCUGACUUCAGACAGGGAGAGUUGAUGUAUUCCCUCAAAGCCUGGGUAAUAACGAUGUUUGCACUUCUAUCAUCUGGAAAAGGUGCUGUAUAUAUCCACUUGAUAUUAUUCGUAAUAAUUCUCUGAUUAUUCUGAGGCUCCCCCCCCCCCAUUCUUUUCGCUGUGUAUU